UUUGUUUUUGGUUAUGAUAUGAUAUUAAUAUAAAAUGUCAUAUAUUUCGUGCGGCGUCAAAUAAAUGUCAUUAAUAAAAUAAUAAAAAAAUGUUUUCAAAAUUUUUAAUCGCUUUCUGUGUCGUUCACCUCGUUCGGAGCACACUCAUCCGACAAAUCGCCGAAUACGACUAUUGCAAAAACAAAUGCAAAGGUAAUGUCGACAACACGCCGUGUGCCAGACAUUUACACUGCCAACCCGUAUCAGGAUGUUUCGAGAUUGAAAUGGACAAAGACAAAAGGGAAGAAAUUUUAAAUAUACACAACCAUUUAAGGGAUAUGCUUGCAGGUGGCAAAGACGACAAGUGGAAAGAUAUAAAAGCGUCAAACAUGAUAGCGUUGUCGUACGACCUACAAUUAGAAUAUUUAGCCAGAUGUUGGGUCAACACGUGCCAAGGUGGUCACGACCCCUGUCGGAUCACCCAAAAUCACCCAUCCAUCGGCCAAAACAGUCACUGGACCUCCGCAAAUGAGAUCAAUAUAACACGUGCGGUCGAAGGUUUUUACAACGAGAAAGAAAACAUGAACGAUGCACAAUUCGAUCAUUUCAGUGGUAAAGGCGAAAACGACGGCGUGAUCGGACAUUUCACCCAAGUCGUAUGGGCCAAAACGGUUUUAGUGGGAUGUGCCGCUGCCAAGGGCAAAAAGGGCAGCUAUCUUAUAUGCAAUUAUGCGCCCGCCGGUAACUGGAAGGACGAGCCGCUCUUUACAAGGGGGGACCCCUGCUCCGCUUGUCCGGAUGGGAAAUCAUGCAAUGAUAAGUACGAGAGUUUGUGUGGUCCCAUAAUGGCGGUUCCUUACGAGAAGUGGUCUGACAUUUCAUCAGCUCGAAGAUUAUUUAAAAUGUCUAACUACUUAGCCGUGUGGUUUGUGUAUUUCAUUUGUUUGUAUGUGUUUCAGUAAAAAUUAUACGUACACUCAGAACUAUCAAAUUAUAAAUAAUCUGUAUUUGGGAUUUUGUUUCGAAGAAAUUAAAUGUUAUUUAGAAAUUGGAAAAAUAAACGAAAUUUAAAAAUA